AUGGUAUUUAUUCUGAUGAUAUUUUAUGUUAUGCUCAUCUUUGGCUUAUACUGGACAGUAAGAGGACAUUUUAAAAACGAGAAGACGAAUAGAAAAAAUCGACAGAGAUGCAAUCGGCAGAAUGUAGACAUGGAAAACGCUACACAAGAAAUGAUCCACGUUCUUCAGUGUGAUGGAAACAAAAGGACGGUCUCUGAGCAGGUACUUGGGGAUCAUGCUCCUCCUCCAGAUGACAGCACCCAGUUCAGGUACGGCCCUCUCUGUAUGAGCAACGCAGCAUCAGAAAAGUUUACAGUGACUGGCUUACAGGAGUCAAUCUUGGCUCCACUGGGUGGAGAAGUUAGCCUCAGCUGUCAGCUGUCCCCACCACAAGAUGCAGGACACAUGGAAAUACGCUGGUUCCGGAACCGCUACACACAACCUGUUCACCUAUACAAGGCUGGUAAAGACCUGUAUGGAGAAACUAUCUCCAGGUAUGUGGAGCGGACAAAGUUCGUGAAGGAUGAUAUCAAAGAUGGUAACGUAACCCUCAAGAUCUUCAAUGUCAGUGUUGAUGACGAUGGAAAGUACCACUGCUUCUUCAGAGAUGGUGAUUUCUAUGAAGAAACCAUCACAGAAGUGAAGGUCGCAGCUACGGGUGAAGAAAUACAGCUUCUUGUGCACCCUCCUAAUAUCAAAGGUAUUUUAGUGGAGUGCAGUUCAGGAGGUUGGUUCCCACAACCUCAGAUGGAAUGGAGAGACCGCAGAGGAGAGAUCAUUCCGCCCACUGCAAAGUCUCAUUCACAGGAUACAGAGAAAUUGUUCAACAUGACGAUAACCCUCCUCCUUAAACAGAGCUCCCAGAAGAAUGUCACUUGCUACCUUCGAAACCCCUUAACUGGUCAAGAGGAAAGGACAAGCAUUGUCCUAUCAGGUCAAUUGUUUCCGUGGAACACUUUUUGGAUACUGAUUAUAAGCCUGAUGCUGGCUCUGUUGCUGAUCUUUAUCAUGAUGCCCAGUGUUGAUCUACAUAAAAGAUUAAAAAUUCCUGCUUCAGAUCCACAUUUCCAACUGGAUACCAUGUGGCUGGAAGACAUGACUGUGAUCCUGUGUGUUCUGAUCAUCUUCAUCACCAUGAUCAUCUCCUUUGCUUACUUCAAAUUCAGAGCUUUCCUACAAUGUAAAGAGAUUAAACAAACAUCAACUGUCUCAUCUGGAAUUCCGGAUGAAGACCUACUAGAACAAUAUGCUGAGAGCUCAGAAGAAAAUAACUGUGAGGGGGAUGAAAAUGGGCCACAUACUCAACCUGACAGGCUCAGAGAAGGCCUGCACGGUGGCCUUACCAGCGCAGAAACCUAA